UUGGGAGCGGCGGCCCCGCCAUGUUGUGGGCGGUCUGUGCGCGCCGCCAUGGCGGUGGCUCCGGCUGGCGGGAUGGUGCCGGUGUUCCCGGGGCUCUACGUGGGCGGCGCGGAGUCGUGUUCGUCCCCGGAGGCGCUGGCUGCGGCGGGGGUGGUGGCGGUGCUGACGGUGGACGCCGAGGAGCCGCCGGCGGUGCCGGGGGUGCGGGCCAUGCACGUCCGGGCGCGGGACGAGCCCGGCGCCGACCUGCUGAGCCGCCUGGAUGAGUGCGCGGCCUUCCUCGGCGCGGCGCGGGCGGGCGGCGGCGCGGCCCUCGUCCGCUGCCAGGCCGGGCUGAGCCGCAGCGUGGCCGUGGCCGCCGCCUACCUCAUGAAGACGGAGGGGCUCGGCUGGGAGGAGGCCUACGCCGCCGUCCGCGCCGCCAAGCCCGACGCCGAGGUGAACCCCGGCUUCCAGGCGCAGCUGAAGCUCUACGAGGCGAUGGGCUGCGCCGUGGACCGCAGCAGCGCGCUGUACAGGCGGUACCGGCUGCGGAGCCUCGCGGAGCGCGACCCCGAACUUCAAGACUUGCCCCGAGAAGUCUUUGCUGUUGAUCCAACCAUUCUGUGUCAAACUCCAAACACAGAGGUUCUCUACAGGUGCAGGAAAUGCAGGCGCGCUCUGUUCCGUAGUUCCAGCAUUUUGUCCCACACGGAAGGAAGCGGACCAGCAGCCUUUGCCCACAAGAGGGUAACGGACUCAGCGCAGCUUUGUGUCGAUGGCCGUGACAAGUGUACUUCUUACUUCAUUGAGCCCGUGCAGUGGAUGGAGCCAGCGCUGCUCGGAGUAAUGGAAGGACAGCCUCCCUUCGCCAGCGCAGCUGCCUGCUACCCGCCAGGGCUGAGCAGCCAUGCCGGUUCAGCCUUCUUGCCUGUUCUUCAGCCCAUUUCCCUUCUGUGAAGCGUUACAGUGUAGGUUGCCACCAUUUAAUGUACCACCAUGUAAGUACAUUUUAAAUAGACCUACAUCUGCGUGUGCCUUAGACCGGGUCAUCUCCUUUUCUUGCAGCUCCUGUGUCCCAAGUGCACGUCGAAGCUGGGCUCCUUCAGCUGGCAGGGCGAGCAGUGUUCCUGCGGCCGCUGGGUGACGCCUGCCUUCCAGAUCCACAAAAGUCGAGUGGAUGAAGUGAAGUCGCUUGCCAGUCGGUAACU